GACUUUCUUCAAAGAAUCAAAGUCUCCUUCGAAAACCAACAAAAAAAACAACGAUGGCGAUGGCGAACUUGGCUAGGAGAAAGGCUUCCUUUCUCACCAGAAACAUCUCCCCUUCCCCUCUCAGAUUCUCCCUCUCCCGCGGCUUCUCCUCGUCCGGAUCCGACGAAAACGACGUCGUCAUCAUCGGAGGCGGCCCUGGAGGUUACGUGGCGGCGAUUAAAGCCGCGCAGCUCGGUCUCAAGACAACUUGUAUCGAGAAGCGUGGCGCUCUCGGUGGUACUUGUCUUAACGUUGGAUGUAUUCCUUCAAAGGCCCUUCUUCACUCUUCCCACAUGUACCAUGAGGCAAAGCACGUUUUUGCUAACCAUGGUGUUAAGGUCUCUUCCGUUGAGGUUGAUCUCCCUGCUAUGUUGGCUCAGAAAGACUCAGCAGUCAAGAAUCUCACCCGUGGUAUCGAAGGCCUUUUCAAGAAGAACAAGGUGAACUACGUUAAGGGCUACGGUAAAUUUCUCUCCCCUUCUGAAGUCUCCGUGGAAACAAACGAUGGAGAAACCACAGUUGUGAAAGGGAAGCAUAUCAUUGUUGCUACUGGCUCCGAUGUUAAGUCUUUGCCUGGCAUCACUAUUGAUGAAAAGAAGAUUGUCUCAUCUACGGGAGCACUGUCUCUGUCUGAGAUACCGAAGAAGCUUAUCGUCAUUGGCGCUGGCUACAUUGGUCUCGAGAUGGGUUCUGUAUGGGGACGGCUUGGCUCAGAGGUCACAGUUGUUGAGUUUGCUUCUGAUAUUGUACCCUCAAUGGAUGGUGAAAUCCGCAAGCAGUUUCAACGUUCGUUAGAGAAGCAGAAGAUGAAGUUCAUGCUCAAGACUAAAGUUGUUGGCGUGGAUUCCUCAGGAGAUGGUGUGAAGCUCAUAGUGGAGCCUGCAGAAGGUGGAGAACAGACCACUCUCGAAGCUGAUGUUGUCCUCGUCUCAGCAGGAAGAUCUCCCUUCACAUCAGGACUUGAUCUCGACAAAAUUGGAGUUGAAACAGACAAAGUAGGGAGGAUCCUUGUCAACGAGAGAUUCUCAACCAAUGUCUCAGGCGUUUACGCUAUUGGAGAUGUGAUUCCAGGACCAAUGCUUGCUCACAAAGCCGAAGAAGACGGUGUGGCUUGUGUUGAGUUUAUAGCAGGCAAACACGGCCAUGUGGAUUACGACAAGGUCCCUGGUGUUGUCUACACAUAUCCCGAAGUUGCCUCUGUUGGUAAAACCGAGGAGCAGCUGAAGAAAGAGGGUGUAAGCUACCGAGUUGGGAAGUUCCCCUUCAUGGCUAAUAGCAGAGCCAAGGCUAUAGACACAGCAGAGGGAAUGGUCAAGAUUUUGGCUGAUAAAGAGACGGACAAGAUCUUGGGAGUUCACAUUAUGUCACCAAACGCAGGAGAGUUGAUCCAUGAGGCGGUUCUAGCGAUCAACUAUGAUGCGUCUAGUGAAGAUAUUGCUAGAGUUUGUCACGCUCAUCCCACCAUGAGUGAGGCUAUCAAGGAAGCUGCCAUGGCUACUUACGACAAGCCCAUUCACAUGUAGAGAGAAGUCUACAGGUACAUCACGGUUUAGUUUUGGUUCUGUUUAAGGCCAAAUCGAGAUUUUAAACCGGAGUUGUUUUUGGUUUUCUUUGGUUUUAUAUUUGCGGUUUAAACUUUUGAUUUUUACCCUCGUUGGUAUGGGACGAGCCGCACAAAUAUAAUUUUACCACUAUUUUAUUGUUAAUCUACCGUUGUAAUAAUUUGAAAUUUGAAAUUUGAGAUUCUCAAAUAACCAAUUAUGAUUCAUCCGGGUUGAUCCGUUGGUUUGCUUGACCCAUUUUCA